AUGGAGGAACAAAUAGAUCAAUUCCAUUUGCUGAAAGGUAAGAUGGAGAAUUUUGCCGAGUUGAUUCAUAAUGACAUGAAUCUGAAAAUGAAUACUGCAUUAAACACUGUCAAGACAUUCGAAAAUGAGAAGAAUAAAUUACAAAUUGAGAGCGAUUCGAUUCGUAGACAGAUAAAAGAACUGGAACAAAGUGAAAAGGAAUUAGCUGAAGAUAUUUCUUUAAAUGAAUCGGAAACCGACGAGGUUAAAAACAGGUUACAAACGUACCAGAUUCGAAAGAAACAGCUCAUUGCACAAAAGGAACAGUUACUUAAAGAAUCCAGCGAACUGGACAAUAUGAUCAAGAGUAAAGAAACAGAAGCGCAAGAAGCAAGGAUCAGAAUAGACAGACAACGCCAACGAGACAACCCUGAAGUCAUUCUAUAUGAAAAACUGCUGGGAUUGAAGAUAGAUGCAGCCAAGUCUGGCAUUCUUGUAUUUGAAUACGGAAAUUUUGACGACAAAGACAUGAGCCGCACAUGCUCCUUGACACUUGAUGUGUCGCAAGAUAAGUUUGUUAUCAUCGAAACCGUCCCGACGCUCGAUUCGAAAACAGUAAUACCGCAUUUACAGGAUAUACUGAAUGUCAAUAAUAAUCUUCCAAUGUUUAUAGUAGAAUCUCGGACUGCCUUAACAUCAAGAAGUCUGAACGUUCAGGACGAUUGA